GCAGGUGGCGCUGUGGCACAACAGUGACGUCAUAUCCGCUCUGGGCGGCAGUAGCAGCAGCUUCUUUCUCAGGCCGGGAAAUUGACAACAAGCGAACAGAGAAAAACAGAGAGAAAUCUCCAUCCAUCCUGCUGAGUUUCUCUAUCCGGUGGAAAUAUAUCGAUAUAUGUGACCUGAAGCACCAGUCAUACGUUCAAUCGAAGCAGACGGUACUGAGGAAGAGGUGCACAGAAAAAUUUCCAUACUCGAUGACAUUACAUCGCAAUGUCAGAUCGUUUGGGGCAAAUAACCAAGUCCAAGGAUGGGAAAAGCAAGUAUUCAUCACUCAGCCUAUUUGACAAGUACAAAGGGAAGUCAAUAGAAACUCAGAAAACCACAGUUGUUACACGACAUGGCUUGCAGAGUCUUGGCAAAGUGGCCGCUGCCCGGCGCAUGCCCCCUCCCGCUCACCUGCCGAGUCUGAAGUCUGAGAGUAAAGGAAACGAUCCCAACGUGAUUAUCGUGCCCAAAGACGGUACAGGAUGGGCAAACAAGCAGGAUCAACCCGAUCCAAAGAGUUCCGUUGCAUCAUCAGCACAGCUGCCGGAGUCGCAGCCACCGCUGGCUUUACAGAAAUCUGUCUCCAAUCUUCAGAAGCCCAUGCCAAUAACCAGCCAGGAGAGCACAAGUACAGGUGGACCAAAGCAAUGGGCACAGCUCAAUGGAAAGGCAGUAGAUCAAGAUGGUUUAAAGGUCUCAAGCCGACUGCAGCCCUUCUCUCACGAGGAAUUUCCGACGCUGAAAGCAGCAGGCGAACAGGACAAGGUUGGCAAGGAAAGAAGCGUCUUCGAUCCGUCGUAUGGGCCCGGACCAAGCCUCCGCCCACAGAAUGUGUCAAGCUGGAGGGAGGGCGGUGGGAGGAACCUGCAACCCCCAGUGCUGUCUGCCACUCCGCCCUGCACAGACACGGACACCAAGAACAGCGGUCCAGCGGAGACCACCACUCCUCCUCCUCCUCCCUCCUCCUCAUCCUCCUCCACUGCUGCUGCUCAGUCCACUGAUGUGAAGGAGCCAUCGCCGCGGCCUGCUCCGCCUGUGCAGCGCAGAGCCGCCCCAUCAGCCCUCCAGUACCAGCACCACACCACCACCACCUACCACGACAUGCUGCCUGCGUUUAUGUGCCCUAAAGAGACUCGUGAUGCCCCGUGCUCCUCGGAUCACGGCCCGACCACUGUGGUUGUUCCUGUGCGCUUUGAAUCCAGGUUGACUCUCAGACCAGCAUUCCCUGCGCCAGAACCCGUCAAUGGUGAUAUAAGAAGAGAGACGCGUGUCCCCCGUGUCCCUCCACGCCCCUCAGCUCGCCCCAUCCGCCGCCCAGGAGAUCGAGCUCCCCGUCCCGCCAUAAUCAACCCUGAGGACCUGAAGGACCUCGAUGAACUGGACAAUGACUGUGAAGACGGCUGGGCAGGUCUCCAUGAGGAAGUGGAUUAUAGCGAGAAGCUCAAAUUCAGUGAUGAUGAGGAAGAUCAUUCCCCCUGUGAGAAGAACAGAAUCUGGGAUGACUGGGAUAACCAUCAGGACCAGCAUUUAUCUCAGAGCUCUGUUGACGGCCCGUUCCCACAGGAUGCAGAGGAGGAGUCAUACUCACGCCAGCCAGAGCUCAUAACCUCCAGGAAGCCCAAUGGACAAUUCUCCUCUACUGAAUCUCAGCAGAAGAACAGUGGAAACAGUGAGUCUGCAGAGGAGCAGGAGGAGCCUCAGCGGCAGGCGCCUCCUCGUGGGAAGUUUGUCUCGGCCGAUCUCUCUGCUGUGGAGAGAGCGCGCAGACGGCGUGAGGAGGAGGAGAGGAGAGCGCGGGAGGAGAGACUGGCUGCCUGUGCAGAAAAACUAAAAAAACUCGAUGAAAAAUUUGGCAAAACUGAGAAAGCUGCACGCUCUGGAGAAAUGCUGAGAGAAGCAGACAGCAAGGACCUGACACAUUCUCCAGGCCGGAAGUCAUCCAAGCAACCCCAGGAGGGCUGGCAGUACAACGCUAAAGAAGUGUCGGAUACACCAGCUGAGUUAUCCAGUCAGGAUUACAAAGAUGAAGGUUGUCACUACCAUAAUGAUGACGAAAUUCCUGAGUCCACCUCUCCCCUCCCAGACUACAGCCGGCACCAGAAGCCUGUGCCGCCUCGCUUCCAGAAGCAGCACCAGCAGCAGGAGCAGGUGUAUAAGAUGGCUCCGUGGCAGCAGUCGGGUCACCCCACCCAGUCCAGCUCUGCUCACCCACAGAGAGGCUUUUACCCUCCUCAUGUCCUGGGCUUUGACCCGCGCUGGAUGAUGAUGCCUCCCUACAUGGAUCCUCGCAUGGCACAGGGAUGUUCUCCAGUGGAUUUCUAUCCUCCUGGCUUUCACUCAUCUGGUUUGGUGAAACCUGUCAUUCAGCAGGAUCACUUGAAUAGCCCUGGUUCCACCUCUGAUGAAGGCUGCCAUCCCAGCGUGCAUCAGGAGAGGAGGGCGCCAUCCACUGAGUCUUACCAAGUGUGGAACCAAGACAGCUACUCUUCUGCGCGCAGUUUCACCCCACCCUACCAGAGACAGCAUGAGAAUGGCGACAGUGCUCAGGUGGAUGACAGGAGUGACCGGCCAUUCUCCAGACAUGACUCAUAUGAAGACCGAGGUCAUGACCCUGCAGACAGUCCAGCAGAGGAACUGCCCCAUCAAGGCUUCCAUCAAGGCAGAAGCUCAGACGUGUCGUUAGGGUCACAGCGAGAAGUUACCCACGAGGGAACCAAUCAACCAUUAGUAAUCAGCAGGACCCAUCCUGGAGACAGUGAGCACAGGGACGUCUCCUCUGGUAGACAUCAGAAAGAAGGCACUGAUACCCAUGAUGAGGCCUUCGACAACAAGGACAAGAGCUACGACUCUGAUAUCUGGAAGAAAGAUGUGGGUAGUCUGAGGAAAGACGGCAGCGGUCAGGCGCAGUGGUCCGAUCACUGUUCGAGCAGCAGCAGUAGCAUUAGUCAGCCAUCUGAAACCAGCAGCAGAACCCUUAGGAGGACAGGACCCAUCAAGAAACCUGUGCUGAAGCCUUUGAAAGUGGAAGACAAAGAAAAUGAGAAACCCAAAACUGAGCCCGAGGAGAAGCCUGUCCCGUACAGGCUGGAGAAGGAAGUGGUCACCAACGUCUAUGACCUGAAGAAAGAUGCCCCUCUUCUGUCUAACAGGCACUCCGUGCCACCCCCCACUCCCUCUCCUAUGGAAGCUCCCAAGGUGGAGAGAACAAGCAACCUGCCUGAAGAUUUGCACAAAGAGAACUACUGGGAUAGUGCGAAGAGUCAGUCUGUGGACAGCUCUGACAGCAGAGAUCCACCAGCACUGCGCCGCAACAACUGGAUAUUCAUAGAUGAGGAGCAGGCAUUCGCCGGGGCCAGGGGAGCGGGUCGUGGACGUGGCCGGGGCUUUAGAGAGUUCAAUUCUCGUGGUGGCACUCGUGGAGGACGGAGUGACAGCAACAGAGGAGCCUACAAUAGCACAGGUGCACAGAGGCCUGCACGAGGACGUGGUACUCGAGAUUUUAGGAGCGAAGAUCUUCAAAGAGGCAAACCCCGUAGACGCAAUGUGAGCGAGACGCACAGCGAGGCCUCAGAAUACGAGGAGCAGCCCAAGCGUCCACGCCAGAAGGCCACUGAGAAUGGAGAGGCUUCGUAUCCUGCAUCUGGAGAGGUCAAGAGGGCCGAUAAGGAGUCAUGGAGAUCAAACAAGGUCUACACUGACGAUCAGAGUGGCAAUAGUGAUUCCAGGGACAAAACUAAAUCUGCUCGAGUCUUUGGAAGGUCAUUGCCCCCUCGCCUUAAUGCUGGAUACAACCGUGAGUUUGGCUCAAGGGAUAUUUCGAUGUGGAGAGGGAGAGGAACCCAGUUUGGAAGCACUCCCAUGCAAGAGAACGGCUACAGCUUCGGUGCGGACUCCUAUUCCAAACGUUUGUCAGAACGCGAGGCCCUGAAGUACCCCUCUAAAUUUACAGGCUCCUUUGCAGAGAAUGGUGUCGAGGACCGAGAUGGGGGUUACUACAUUGAUAAUGAUAAUCCCGACAACCGGCCCCUGAGACGGCGUCGUCCCCCACGCCAGGAUAAACCCCCACGCUUCAGGCGUCUGCGUCAAGAGCAUGAAGGAGGAGGUCAGUGGAAUAGUGAGGACUACGUUAAUGGAGACGUUGCCAAUCAGUGGCCUGGUCGUGCAAAGGGGGCAGAGGAGCACUGUCCCAACCGCUACUCCGGAGGACGGUCACAGGAGAUCACAGGUCAGAGUCAGGGUGAAGACUGGGAAACCGGCUCUGAGAACAGCGAUUUCAGUGACUGGAGGGAGAAACGGAGACAGCAUGGUGACGUGCUCGCAGAUACAGGUCACGGAGAACCUGGCUCUGAAAAGAGAGAGCUCUCCAAGCGGAGCUUUUCUAGCCAGCGGCCAGUGGUCGACAGACAGAACAGGAAGAGUGAUGCUACUCUGAUGGAAAACAACAAGACAGAAACGCAGGCUAGUGCAGGUUCCUUCGGUAGAAACGAGAGCUGGCAGAACGGUGUUACUUCCAACAACAAACGAGUUCCAGAAGAAUCGGUCACCGGCCUGAGCUCAGCGUGUGUGUACCGUGUAGAGCAGAACGACGACACCAGCACAGAGGCAACAGGGACGAUCAUAGAGAAAGACUUGAAACCCAGGAACAUGAAAGGGGACAUGACAGAACCCCUGUCCCAAUAUGACCUGAAUACUUACCCAAUUGAGAGUGACUCGGAAGCUUCUGUACCCAGUCCAGAAGUUUUCCAGGACGCUCUGUCCAAAAAACAGCGCCGCCCACAGGAUGAUGAUCGCAGGAGGAAGGAUCAGGGCCCUCCAGGUCCGGUAAAGAACAGAGCAAUUACAUCGAAAAUGCCUCCUCGUUUUGCCAAGAAGCAGGGCAGUAUGUCCAUCGAGCAGCCCGAAGAGAAGCUGUCUGCCAACAGUUUGGGAACAGAAAUCUGGGAGACAAACAGCACAGCUCUGACUGUCCAUUCGUCAGGUGGUGAUUCGUGGACAAAGCAGGUUUCCUACACAGGAAGUGAACCCAAUUCAGAGGAUUCAGAUGCAGGACCCGAGCAGAAUAAAGAACACAAACCCGGCCCCAUCGGCAAUGAGCGCUCGCUGAAGAACCGCAAGGGCUCUGAAGGCAUGGAGCGACUGGAGGGACCCAUUACUCCUGUCAACGGAGUGGACAUUCACGUGGACAACAUUAUCCCUGUGCCGCCAAUUGAGUUUGGCGUCAGUGCAAAGGAUUCAGACUUCAGCCUUCCUCCAGGUUCCGCACCAGUGCCUGUGUCCAACCCCGUCACCAAGCUGCAAGAUGCACUAGCUGGGAAUGUGGGCCUGACUCAAGCCAUCCCGAUGCUCCGCAGAGACCACCUGCAGCCCGGAAUAAACCUCAACCCCAUCAGCUUUCCUUCUGCGGACCUCACGCUCAAGAUGGAGUCGGCACGUAAAGCGUGGGAGAACUCUCAGGCUCUUCCGGAGCAGGGCUCUCCGGGCGGUGUGGUCUCCGGCGCUCAGCCUGCCUGCAGUGUGGGCUCCUCCAGCGGCGUCAGCUACAGCUCCUUCGGCGGAGUGUCCAUGCCUCCCAUGCCUGUGGCAUCUGUCGCACCUUCUGUCUCCAUGCAAGGCAGUCACAUCCCUCCUCUCUAUCUAGACGGUCAUGUGUUCUCUAGUCAGCCGCGGCUCGUGCCGCCUUUGACUCAGCAGCCCAGCUACCAGCAGGCCACUGCUCAACAGAUCCCCAUCUCUCUGCACACGUCUCUGCAGGCUCAGGCUCAGCUGGGUCUGCGAGGAGCUCUGCCUGUCUCUCAGUCUCAAGAGAUGUUCAGCUCCAUCCCUCCCUUCAGGUCUCAGGUGUACAUGCACCCAAACCUGUCUCAGCCCAGUCCCAUGGUGCUCUCUGGUGGAGCUCUCAAAGGACCAUACUCUGCAUUUCCUGGCAUGCAGCCAUCAGACAUGGUCAAACAGCAGUCCGGAUCUCACUACCAGCCCAUGAACAGCAGCCAGCCACUGGUGUAUGACGGACCCAUGAAUCAGGGAGCUGGGAUGGGCACGUCACAGCUCAUGGACUCACAGCUCAUUCAGGUGACAAUGCCCAUGCCUGGAUCUCAACUGCGCUACGGCUCAGCCCAGCAGCACCUCCUCCUGCCCCAGUCCAUCCAGCUCCAGCAGAACCAGAACCUGUCUGUAGGAGCUCCACGCCGCAUGAUGCCUCCCGGAUCUCAGCCGGCUAUCAUGAGCGGCAACAGGGAGCCUUCCCAGAUGGACAUCAAGGGAUUUCAGUUCUCUGAUAAGCCCAACCAUUCACCUGGAAUACCCAGUGGCUCCUACAGACCUGGUUCUGCUAGUCCCAGUGGCAAACCCUCUUGCCCCGGAGGCCCUGCAGUGGUCGUCUCGCUCCCAGGACAUUACACACAGCAGCAGGUGUCGGCUCCUCAGGGCAGUAUGGUCAUGCACAUGAGGCCCCCCACCAGCGGCCCCUUCCCCAACCCCAUCCAACGGCCCGUCAUGCAGGUCAACAAGACUGUCAUUAUCCGUUCGCCACCCUAUCCCAGUCCUGGGCGUGAACCGCUUCACAGCACACCUCCCUCCAACCCUGAGCCUGCUGUGAAGGGCCCUGAGGACGGUAUGAAGGUGAAGGCUCUGCGUGAUGCUCGUCAGGCUGUCAGUGAAGCCAAGAGCUCAUCAGUGAUUCCCAACAAGAUCCAGGAGCAGCUGCCGUCAGUACAGGUCAAAGCUGCUCGAACCGGAGCCAUCAAACCACAGUCGGUCAAAGUGGAGGAAGGCAGAGCCUAAUAAUGGACCUCAUGAUCACAUGA